AUGGCGAAACCAGGUGUUGCUGGGACUUUAACGAAUGGCGAGAAAAAUGGACAGGUGAAUGGCAAACCAGCGGGUGCGCCCCCUCCCCUCGCAAAACGUAGCAAAGGGCGCCGCGUCGAACGAGAGGAAAUCGAGAACACGUUUGCAAAAUAUGCUGAAUUCAGUGGCGACCACUUCCACAUGAAGAAAGCCGUAGCCAGCACCAAAUUGCAAGAGGUGAAGUGGAUGGGCUGGAAGGGCGUACGCACUCUGCUAGCAGUGGUCAAGAGCAAAGCUUCUGGGAAACCCAUCGAUGACAAGGAAUAUCUUAUGGAACGGAUCAUUCAACUCGUGGCCAAUCUUCCUGCGGAAUCAUCAGCCCGAACGCAGCUCACCCAGACCUUUGUUAAAUCACUCUGGGUCUCUCUUCCUCAUCCACCCCUCACAUACCUCGGCGAUGAGUAUCGCUACAGAGCUGCAGAUGGAUCUAAUAACAACCCAAUGUUUCCUCGUCUAGGAGCUGCCAAUACACCUUAUGCUCGCUCCAUCAGGCCUAUAACAAUCCAGCCUGCUGCACUGCCCGAUCCGGGGUUGAUCUUCGAUAGUCUUUUCGCUCGCCAGGAAUUUAAACCUCAUCCUAACGGGGUUUCUAGCAUAUUUUUCAGCUGGGCAUCGUUGAUAAUCCACGACCUUUUCCAGACCGAUCCUCGGAAUCAACACAUCUCAAAAACUUCUUCAUAUCUCGAUCUUUCCACGCUUUACGGAGAUAAUCAAGAUGAGCAGGAUCAAAUCCGCACUUUCGAGGGUGGGAAGCUCAAGGUCGAUUCAUUUUCAGACGCUAGGCUAAUCGCGCUUCCACCUGCUUGCAGUGUCAUUUUGGUUAUGCUGAACCGGUUCCACAAUUACGUUGUCGAACAGCUAGCGUUGAUUAACGAAAAUGGACGGUUUACAAAACCCCCUGAUUACUUGUCACCUGAACAAUCCGCAAAAGCAUGGGCCAAAUAUGACAAUGACUUGUUCCAGACAGGGAGACUUAUAACUUGUGGUCUUUACAUGAAUAUCACCUUAUACGAUUAUGUGCGGACCAUAAUCAACCUUACACGAAGCAACACAACCUGGAGCUUGGACCCGAGAAUUGACACGAAGAAAACUGCGGCCCCAGAAUCUGCCGAAAGCGGCGUUGGCAAUCAGGUGUCCUUUGAGUUUAACCUUGCCUAUCGGUGGCAUUCAUGCAUUGGCCAACUUGAUGAGAAAUGGAUCGACGAAAUUUACCAGGAUUUCUUUGGCAAAAGCGCGGAACAAAUUUCGACGCCAGAGCUGAUGGCCGGAAUGAGCAAAUGGCAACAGCUCCUUCCCGGAGAUCCUUCUAAGAGAACAUUUGCCAAGCUUGAGCGGCAAGCAGACGGGCGAUUUAGGGACGAAGAUUUAGCUAGAAUUAUGACUGAGGCGACUGAGGAAUAUGCAGGAACUUUUGGUCCGCGUAACGUUCCCAAGGCCCUUCGAGCGGUCGAAAUAUUGGGAAUUCAGCAGGCGCGAAAAUUUGGCUGUGGCUCUUUGAAUGAGUUCCGGAAGUUCUUUGGCUUGAAGGAGUACGAAACAUUUGAGGAAAUCAACUCCGACCCCGAAAUAGCCGGCCAACUUCGGAAUUUGUACGAGCAUCCCGAUUAUGUCGAGCUUUACCCAGGCAUUGUUUCAGAGGAGCCAAAGAUUCCUAUGGUCCCUGGCGCCGGAAUCUGUCCAACUUAUACUAUCUCCAGAGCAGUUCUUUCAGACGCGGUCGCGCUUGUGCGUGGAGACAGAUUCUACACCAGCGACUACAACGCUAAAAAUUUAACGAACUGGGGCUAUGCUGAGACUCACUAUGAUCUUAGCAUCAACGAGGGAUGUAUGUUCUACAAGUUGAUGUUGCGUGGCCUUCCGAAUUAUCUCAAACCCGAUUCGAUCUAUGCACACUAUCCCAUGACAGUUCCCAGCGUAAACAAAGAAAUUUUUACCAAGCUAGGCAGAGAAAGUCAUUAUUCUUGGGAUCGUCCCGCGUUGCAGCCCCCUCGAAUUGAUCUCACGUCCUACAAUGGCGCAAGAGCAAUUCUGCAAAAUGCGAAAGAUUUCAGGGUCACUUGGGAGGGGGCCUUUGACUCACUUCCCGGAAGUAAGAGCUUUAAUGAGACGCAAACCAAAGCCAUGGAUGAAGUCUUUGCUCAAGACUCAUGGCGCGAGACUGUGAAGACAUUCUACAAGGAUAUUACCCAAGAGCUGCUGAAGCAAAAUUCAGUCAAAAUCGCUGGAAUUAACCAGAUUGAUAUCACUCGGGAUCUGGGUAAUCUCGCGCACGUCCACUUCGCCACGAGCACUUUCGACCUUUCAAUCAAAACUAAGGAUAAUCCCGAGGGUAUAUUCACGGACCAUGAAAUGUUCAUGGUAAUGGUGGCGCUUUUCACCAGCGUAUUCUCUGAUAUAGACCCUACAAAAACUUACCCUCUGCGCCAGGUGGCUCGGGAAGUCGGUGAAAAGCUUGGCCAGAUCGUGGAAUCAUACGUCAAAUCUGUUAAGAGGCCUAAACCGUUCUCUGGUAUUGCUGAUAAGUUCCAAAAAUGUGGCAAUACGCUGGCUAAAUACGGUGCCGAUGCAACCCGUAAACUUCUGAAGAGUGGCCUCGGCGUUUCGCAGGUGGCUUUGUCGCAUAUCCUUCCCAUUAUCUGUACAUCGGUUCCAAGUCAAGCUCAAGCUUUCACUCAAAUCCUGGGCUAUUACUUAUCAAAUGAGGGCAAAGUACACCUCCCUGAUAUCAACCGCCUAGCAAAGGAAGACUCCUUAGAAUCCGACACAAAACUUCUACAUUUCUGUAUGGAAGGGCUUCGGCUUAGUGGGACAUUCGGAUCAUUCCGCGAAGCAAAUGCAAACGUCUUGAUCAAUGACGGUGGUCGUGAGGUUUCCAUCAAUGAUGGAGAUAAAGUUUUCGUGAGCAUGAUUUCUUCUGCUAGGGACCCCAACAUAUUCCCAACACCCGAUAAAGUCGUUCUCGACCGGCCUCUAGAAUCCUACAUCCACUACACCGAUGGCGCAUUUACUUGUUUCGGAAGAGAUGCACAGAUGGUGGCACUAGCGUCCAUGCUGCGUGUUGUUGGGCGUCUGGAUAACCUACGUCCCGCACCAGGUGCUCAAGGUCAGCUGGUGAAAGUUAGCCGUCCUGGCGGGCAUUUCGCCUAUAUGCGACAGGACUAUGGUGGCUAUUCCGUGCUUCCAACAACUUUGAAAGUUCAUUAUGACAGUGAACUUAAAUAA